AUGGCAGACAGAAUAAAGCUAGAGAGACUUCAAGCCAUGGUCAAGCUGUUGAUGGAUGAGAGAGAAGCGGAAAAGGCUGUCCGUGUGGCGCAGGAAAAGAAGGAUAAGGAGAUAGUGCCUGUGAUGCACAUGUUCAAUUACGGGAAUAUGAUUACUUUUCCCAAAUGCCCUCGCGUUGAUGCUAACAAUUUUGAGCUACGAAUGCCCCUUAUACAAAGGGUUGAGCAGUUCCCUUUUGCAGGCAGGGCCACAGAAGAUGUCAACCACCACCUCUCGAAGUUCGUGGAGAUCGCCAACACUCUUAAAUUUAAUGAACGAGUCUCCAUAUGGAAGGAUAUAGUGGCUGCCUUCCUCGACAAGUACUACCCGCCAGGCACGAUCUUAAAGCUCAAAAGUGAGAUCUUCCAGUUCAUGCAAGGCGACGACGAGCCCCUCUACGAGGCGUUUGCUCGUUUCAAAGGCCUCCUCCGCAAGUGCCCCAACCACGGUUUCACCGUGGAUCUUCAGGAUUCAAGCGCGAAUGGAGGAUUCUUGCGGAAGAGUGGAUCUGAUGUUAUGGCGGUCAUAGAAGAAUUCGCCACCAACAGCAAGGGGUGGUCGAAGGAAAGGCACAACUCGAGGAGAGUAGUAGCCAUAGAGGAGGCCGAAGAGAGCUCCUUUGCAAAGGAAUUGACCGAGCUUAGAGUUCGGGUUAACCAAAUGGAUACAUCGAGAAAAGAGGAUCUGGUUCCACCGACCUCCGUCAUUGCGGUCACUAAACCCGACGAUCCUCCCGCUCCUAUGGAAGAUGUCAACUACGUGCAACAAGGAGGCGGUCCCAAUAGGCCUUAUAACAACAAUUAUCGCCCUAAUCAGGGGGGCGUUAAUUUCAAUAAUUAUAAUGGGAACCGUCCUCAUCCUAACCUUUCGUACUCUAACAAUAAUUUCUUGCAACCCCCCACAGGAUUUAAUGUGAGCAAAGGUGGAGUAGUUGAACCCAUCAGAAAAGAGGAGAAGUAUGACCAAGGGAUCAUGAAGAUUUUGGUGGUGCUAGUGCAAGAUAGGAAAGCUAACGACACCAAGAUUGGAGUCGUUGAAGAAAGAUUGAACAACCAGAGGCCUCCAACAAAAAUUGAGGAAGACAAGGAAAAUGCAGCAGCACGAGUGGCUGACAUAAACAAGAAGUGGGUCGCCAAGCAGAAAAAGGAUGAAGGCAGCACAUCCAGAGUGAAAUCUGGGGACUACCUGACGGCUAGCGGACCGCCGCACACCCCGCACUGGCCCUCCACUGAAGCACAGUCUGGACUCUACCCGACGCCUAGCGGACCGCCGCACACCCCACAGCGGCCCGCCAUAGAAGAGGCAGAGGCACCCGCCAAGAAGGAACUCGUGCGGCACAACAGGAUUGUACUCCCCUUCCAGCCGAAGAAGAAGUUCAAGCUUGAAGAACAAUUCAAGCAUUUUCUAAACAUGUUUUGUAAGGUCCAUAAUAAUAUUCCUCUCGUUGAAUCGUUGCAGGAAAUACCUAGGUACGCGAAGCUACUAAGGGAGGUCGUGAUGAGAAAGAAAAAGCCUACAAAAGCCGACCUUAAGUUGCCUCACCAUUGCAGCGAGAUCAUUCAAAUGGAGAGGGCUGUGAAGCAAAGAGAUCCCAACCAGUCCAUCAUUAGGUGCUCAAUUGGAGAAGGGAAAGUAGACAAGGCCCUUUGCGAUCUAGGGGCUAGCAUCAACCUCUUGCCGCUGAAAUAUUAUGAAAAGCUCAACAUCUGGCCUCUCGGAUGUAAUCAUAAGGUAGACGAUUUCAUCUUCCCUGCCGACUUCAUUAUUCUUGAUAUGAAAGUAGACAAAAAUGUACCUCUAAUCUUAGGCAGAGAUUUUCUAGCCACAUUCAAAGCUCUUAUUAAUGUAGGUAGAGGCGAGAUCACAAUUAGAGACAACUACAGCCGCUCCACCUUCAAAAUUGAGAGCGAGAUGCUUAAGUAUGAAUAG